AUGGAUAGACUUAUCCCUUAUAAACCUCCUCCUCAAGGUUCACUUACACUUUUACCUCAUUUCACUAAAAUAUCUUCAACUACAUCUGGUAUAUCCAGUGAAUCUAUUAUUUUACCUACUCUUUUACCUUCCACCACCACUCUUUCUCAUCUUCCUUAUUUUUAUCCUCUUCAUUUUCAUCUUCCUCCUUUUCCUUCACUACAUUAUUCUUCUCCUUUUAAAAGAACCUUUGUAGAAAAAACCGCCAGAUCAUAUGAACUACUCGCCAAAUUACAUGAAUGGAAAAAUAUCGAUGGAUCAAUAUUUCCUAUAUCCGUGGAAAAUUUAUGUAAUUAUAUUCAAAUAAAGAGAUCCACAAAUAAUUUAAAAAGUAUUGAAUGGUAUCUUAUGGGAUUUAGAAGAUUUCAUGAAGAAUUACUUAAAAAUGAUGAAUGGAAUAAAGCCUGUAAACAUCCCGAUGUAAUGAAAUUAUUAAAUGAGAAGAAGAAAAAUGAGAAAAAUGAGAAAAAUGUCAAGAAUGUUAAGAAUGUCAAUAAGAGGAAGAAUAAUAAUAACAAUAAGAAUGUCAAGAAAGAAGAUAAUGAUAAUAAAUCAAAAGAAGAAGCAAAGGAGGAGGAUUCUAUGAAUAAUCGAAAAAAGAAGAAAGCAAGAAUUUCAUCUCACAUUAAAGAAAACAAAGAAAUCAUGGAAAUUAAUGAAACUAAUGAAAUUAAUGGAAUUCAUCAUUAUCAUAAAGAAGUUAUUAAUAAUCAUAUUCUUAGUCAAACAAAUGAAUUAAAUGAAGUAAAUUCAUCUUAUAUGGAAUAUAUUAAUACGGUGGAAUGUAUUGAUAUUAAUAAUAAUCCAAAUAAUAAUUCAAAUAAUAAUAAUAAUAAUUCAAAUAAUAAUAAUAAUUCAAAUAAUAAUAAUCCAAUUAACGAUUCUAAAAAUGAAAUGAUCGACGAACAAUAUAAGGAUAAUGGAACAAGUUCUAAUGAUAUUAAUACUUCUGAAAAUGUUGUUGUUGUUGAAGGAUUAACUCAAGUUCUUAAUGAUGUUGAUGUUGAUGAAAAUAUGAAUGAAAAUAUGAAUGAAAAUAUGAAUGAAAAUGAAAAUAAUGGAAAAGAGAAUAUGAAAGAAAUCGGAAGAUAUAAUAGUAAUAUUAUUGAGGAUGAUGAAAUUACUAAUGAAGAUGAUGAAGAUGAUGAUAAUUAUUCUCGAGGAAGUCGACGUUUAAAAAAUACUUUAUCUUAUUGCGAGGAUGAAGAAGAAGAAGAUCCGGAAAGUUUUAAAAUUCGGUUUAGAAAAGCUUUAACUGAUUUAAAGGCCAAAUAUGAAGGGAAAUGUGUUUACCAUCCCUCGGGUUGUGUUCAUGUAUCAGGCGAAGAUGUUUUUAUCGAUUCUUUACCAGUUUCUGAGGAAUUAGCCGAAUUUUCAAUUAACAAUGCUAUUUGCAUAUAG